UAACAAGAUGCUAUGAGACUGUAAUUGCGCUGUUAUUACAAUGCCGGUAUAGCUAGUGUGUUACGACCACAGAACUAUUCCGUGGUCACAACAGAUUAGAAACAAGAUGGGAGGCCAGAGGGAAAUUGCUUAUGAUUUAACUCGGAAAGAAGUAGGACACCCAGGUAUCUGGGUUCCGAGCGAGAAAACUGCGCACAUGCAUUGCUGCAAAUUACCAGCAAGACCUAUUUUGCGUUCAGUUCAGUGGUGAGCAGGUAGAAAGCCUGUUUUUCUGUUUGCCUUCAGAAUGUAUUGAAAAGUUUGUGGAGGAACAGAGAAUGAAAUGCGAAUUUAAAAUAAUUUUUUUAAUUGCAUGAUGACUUAAAGGCCCACACGCAUAUGGCGUUUUGGGCUGAUUGAAGUUUUAAAAAAUUGGUCAACGCAUAUUUUAGAGUCUAAUUGCUACAUUUCCCACUCGACAUGAUGCAUGUUUUUGCAUAAUUAUCGCAUGACGAAAGCCCACGUAAUCUGGCUGUUUAAGACCGAGGCAAAAACAUUUCAACGCCUGUUGAGAACCCUGUUGAUCUUCUAAAUUAGGUAGUUCGUUAUUUACCCGUUAUUUUGCUCCUCGGUCAAUCGCUGUCCCUGUUUAUUACAGCUGACCACAGGAGGCGGAGGGGGCUCUGGGGCAGGGUUAUGGACUUUUAAACAAACCUACGUCACUGCUCUUUGUGGGCGUUUUGGAUACUAAAACCAGGAAAAGAACGGUGGUGCGACGACCCUUUCGAGAACGCUAUUGAUCUUAUCUUCUGAAUUAGUUAGAUUGUUGUUACUUAAUUAUUUACCUUUUUAUUUUGCUCAUCGAUCCCUCUCCUGCACCAUUAUAUUCUCUCCAUCUCACUCAUCCGUGCUUUGUACCCCUCCCCUUUCCUCUAUCUUGCUUUUUGUUAGCUAGUUAGCGAGCUACCUAGUUACCAUAGCUGCCACUAUGGUAGCUAUCUGUUCAGUUGAUGGAUGCUAUGUUCGGGAUGGUUUGCAUGAACCCCCCUCUCGGGGUCGCAAUCCUAAUGUCUAUGGACAGUGGAUGCUUUUCCUUGGACUGGAGGACAAGGAGUAUGUACGGUCUUCAAUUCGCGUGUGCAACAAGCACUUUACUGUGGACUGCUUCUCGAACUACAUGGCAGUGCAAAUGGGCUUUGGAAAAAGGCUCUACUUGAACCCAGAUGCUGUCCCUACUCUCUCACAUGGAGGAGAAGCUGUUCUUGUCAGCACCAGAGAGAUGGGGUGCCAGACCGACCCACCGAAGACCCGUGACAUGUCUGUAUCGGCAUGGAUUCCACCAACAUUUAGGAGUAAAGCCCUUCAAGUGCAUCUGAGGCCUGCGACCAGGAGUGUGUCCUGUGAGGCAGUGUCUCUGCCUUCCCUGCCAAUGUUCUCUACGCCCACAAGUCCUCCUGAGAAGCGACCACAUCUGGAGUGCUCCAUUGAUGACUCAACCAACGUGCCAGAUGACAGUGACCCCUCCCUCCUUGAGAAUACAGUCUCGGAUACACCUGUUGAUCAGAUGACCAAGUACAUUGUCUACGAAGACUGCCUGCUUGAGCUUUUCCAGAGCUGCUCGUUUUGCCGCCACGCCUGUGCCGUUGAACAGUUCUGCCAGGGCACCUUGGUCAGCAUCAAGGCCACCUGCACUCACUGCUCCCUGGUGAAGAGGUGGAAGAGUCAGCCGCACGUGGGGAGCAUCCCGGCUGGAGACCUUCAUCUUUCUGCAGCCAUCGCAAUCACAGGCUCAUCAUUUGCUCAAACAGACAAGGUUCUGAAUGCACUGAGGGUGAAGGGCAUCUCUGAAUCCACCUACUAUAGUCACCAAGGCCAAGUAUUUCAAAACCAUUGUGGAUAGGAUUUCAGUUAUCCGAUAGGAUUCAAUUUCAAAAUUUGAAUUUUCAAAACUAGAAGAUGUGAUCCCGAUCUUAGAAUUUAGGAUAAGGAUUUUGUAAUCCAAUCCUAUGUUGAAUCUAGAUCUAAUGUUGUUUUUGGUUAUUUCUAAAUUAUAAGGUGGUGAUACUGAGAAUCAGGAUAAUCUUCAUCCCACUGAGCUGGGAUUCAAGAUGGAUUCCAGGUUGAUGUAUGGAUAUGUGGGACACAUAUCUUUAAUACAUUGUUUUAUCCAAUGAUUGCCCAUUAAUAGAAACACAAACAAAUAUGCAAAAAUAUCCAAAACAAUAUCCAUUCUAAUUGGACAAUGAAUAUAUGUUCAAGAAGAACCCCACAGUAGUAAAAGUGUCUAAAGAAACCUGCAAGCCUUACAAAUUUGUAAAUGCUUUGGUACGUGACUUGAAAAUAUAUUCUGUCAUCUAUUCUAAAAUAAUUGUGUAAUGGGUGGCAGAAAAAACAGGAAUUUCACAGUUCUCUCUCAGAAAAAGCUAUGCCAGCAUUCAGAUGGACCAGUUGUGAGACAGUCGAUGAGACCAUUGUGAUGAUCCAUUAUUUUCACUAGGGACUUUUUAUCAGUAAAAACAUUAUGCUGACAAUACAGUUGUGCUUGGAAGUUAUUUUUUUAUUAGCAUUUAAAAUUCCCUGACAGUGCAGUUACAAAGGGCAAGGUGUAUGUGGGAUGUAGCCAUGAUGUCGCUUGAGUUUGGAACAAAAAGAUAAAAUAUUGCAAGUUAUUUUAUUUUUCUGUUUUGUUCGAUAAAUUUGACACAUCUGAUUCUGUAUUAGAGCAGUCGUAAGCACAUUGGGGUUACAUCUUCGUAACGGGCAAAAUACCUUCGUGUUAUGUUGCGACUACUUCCCACAUACAAGAGGUGACAGUACGCCUACAUCAACCUUAUGUUGCUUUCAUCGGUGUGCCGUCUGGGUUGAAUUCUGAAAUUAGGCUGACUUUGCCCUAUGUAUUGUGUACUAAUGCAGAUGAAUAGGACUAAUAUGCCAGCUACACAUGUUUUUGACAUGUUCACUUACAUCUGUUUGUCUUAAUGAAAUGUUGCAACAGACAGAGACAUAUCUCUGACAAAGACUGACAAUAAAAUAUUUUCAGAAAGAACGCCACAAAACUAAAAAUGGGUGUACAGAAAAUGCCUUAAAAAUGUGUAAAUGCUUUGGAAUGUGUUUUGAAAAUACAUUCUGUUAUCUAUUCUACAAUAAUUGCCCAUCGGGUGGCUGCAGAAACGGGAAACAGAAGCUCCUGCAGCGUGCAGAUGAACCCGCUGGAUCGUCAAUGAGACACACUGUCAACCAUUAUUUUCUCCCGGUCUUUCGAUCAGUAAAAACAUUAUGCUGACAAAACUUUUGAAGUAAUUAGUUUUUAAAGUAUUUUUUAAUCAUUUUUGUUAUCCUGUGAGACAUUGAAUUUUAAAAUUAGACUGACAUUGGUCGAUGUAUUGUGUACUAAUACAGAGGAAUAGGAUUAAAAUGCCAACCGAUUUACACAUUUUCCAACAUGUUCACUCAUGUCUGUUGUCUUAAUGAAAUGUUGUAUUAUUUUGACCAACUGAUAGACAUAUCCAAAGACUGCAAAAUCUAGAUUCUCUAAUCCUGAUCUUGUGGCAUCCGGAUAGGAUCCGGAAUGAUCCUAUCUGAAAAUUAUUUGAAAAACUGGGACAAAACCUACGAGAUCAAUUAGAAACAAAAGGGAUUUAAAAAUCAAGAUAAUUCUGAAGUAGAUUAAAAGUUUUGAAAUACUGGGCCCCGGCUUGCUUUAUGCAGCCUGUAAUGCACUGGCACUGGAAACAGGAGCAGAGGCUGCUUCUACAGGACUCCCCAGAUAUCCUCAUCAGGACUGACAGACAUCAGAACUACACAAAAUGGGAGAGACCAGGAGACUUACUCUUCUAUGAUGUGUGGCAUGUGCAGAAGGGUGUGCCUGAAGAAACGCAAUGCCCUCAACCAUGUGAGGCUGUGGUUGCAGGCCAUCAAUGAUAACUCUACUGUAAGGCCGCCUCAUCCCAGCCAGGUGAUGAGAUGGUCGCCAAGUGGACAUCCGUGGUCAGCCUUGUCCGGGACAUUCAUGUCCAUGAGGGCACGACUUCCCCACUUGCCUACAUCCGCCCCUCAUAGGUGACCAAGUCUGAAUAAGUGCAACAUCAUCCUUUUUGUGGAAUUUGUGCUAAUAUACCACUGUCAAAUCAACCACUCCUGUCAGCUAUGAGCAUAACACAAGUAACGUGACUCCACACAGCUCACCUCCAAUAAGUCGGUAAUGUAGGAAAGCUCUAUAAUCUUUUCUCCUGACACUGGAUAUGUCUUCGCUGAAGCACCCAGGCCACUGAGGGGAAGCUUCAGUGCUGUCACAUGCCAACUCCUCUGCCUUGCAACACUUUGCCAUAACCUGAGUUACAAACGCAAUGAAAACAUUUCAACUGUGGAUGUAUACAGUACUAAUAAAAACAAUUUUGCACUUA